UAGAAAACACUUGCUGGUGCAAAAAGACAGCAGGUUUUUUUUUAUUUGUGAAAGAGGUGGAACUGUUAGUCAAACAUAAAAUUAAUAUUUUUGACAAUAUGACUUUACCCUAAAAAAACGUGUUAUAAAAAUUUUUUGUUCAAGAAAAUUUUGGGUGUAACUAGGCAUCAUCAUGGAUUCGUUUAUGGAUUUUUAUUUCGAAGAAGUCUUCAGUGGUAUGGAAAGGGAUGGUCUAAAUGUAAGGUUUAAAAGAAGGGAGCUCGUGGAAUAUUUUAAUGCAGUAAUUGCUGGAUGUGCGAGAGGACAAAACAAAUCAGACAACGCAACUUGUAAAUCAUUUGUCUCGUGUGCUCUCAGAUAUCACAAUCGAUGCAAGUCGGAUAAUGGUGAUGUGUGUCUCAUGGGAAAGUACCAUAAUCUUCUCUAUGUCGCUAUGAAACUAGCGUUCGAUUGGAGUCUUCAAGACAAUGGCACUGUUGCUGCAUUAUUGGACGAACUAUAUGCUUGUGAAGGAACAUUCGAGAGGAUAUUUCUUGGUGCGAUAUUCGGUACUUCAGCACCGUACUUUUUAGCUGGCUGGAAAUCCGAUUUUGUGGAUAAAGAAGAAAAUGUACACGCGCUUGUGUUUUUCCUAGAUCACGCUACUAAUGCUAGUUUAGAAUAUUCAGACGGACCUAAAACCUAUCGAUUCAUAGAUGUCCCUUUGGAAAGCUGUGGAAAAGCGUCGCCUGUUAGAGUAGUCAUACAAAUGGGAGCGUCCGAAAUAUUAAUGAUACUCCUUAGAUUUGGAGCUAGAAUCACAGCUGAUCACGUUUCCUCAAACCCAAUCGAAUGUAUUCUCGAUAGACUCAAUGAAUAUAACCGGAAGUAUCCUUACGAAUUGGUCACAUGUCUAAAACUAACGUUAAGAGCCGUACCGAGAUUAAAUUUGACUGUAGAUAAAGCCGCAUUAAAGCAUUUGGAAUUGCCAGAUGACUAUAAUUACCAAAGGAAGUUAGCCUUAGAGAAAUAUGGUGAUAUACUGCAAGAUCAUUUGGUUCCUGCUUCAAGAUGUGGUUUGCAGCCUGUAGAAUUGAAACAUCUUUGCAGGUGCUUGAUACGACAUAUGCUGUGGGAAAAUUUUGAGCUCCCAUUUGGGAUACAGAAGUUGCCUGUACCGGCGGCUUUGAAAAAGUAUUUGGAUUUGUGUGAUGAUUAGUUUAGAUGUUUAAAAAACUAUAAGGAACAUUCAAGUCAUGUUUGAAAUGCGUGUGUGUGUGAGAACUGUGAGACAAUGACACCUAUCUUGGUUACUAAGCGUAAAGUUUAGGUUGUUAAAUUGGUAUGAAGUCAAAAGCAGUCCAAUUAGGCGCAAAGCUGAAUUGGGCAUAAGCUUGGACUAACGAUGAACGUCGGGGUCUCAUAAUGCAGGAAUGGCGACCUCGUACCGAAAAUUGCAGUGCAACUGUGUCCUAGGCGCCCUACUAGGUGGACAAAUGACAUCAAACGAGUCGCAGGGAGUCAUUAGACACGAGCGACACAAAAACUGGGGCUUGAUUACGGUAAAAUGAUAAUAAUAGGUACACUAUGAUAAUAGCUAUCACCUCUGAUUGGCCGACGCUGCUCACUACAGGCUACAAUGUAUUGUCGCAACAAGAAUACCAUAAGUUCAGCCAAUCACAACAAUGUAAUAAUUGCUGUAACAUUGAUUGAUACAGGUUUUUCGCAAUCGAAACUAAUCCAGUAUAGAUAUAAAUAGUUACACGACAAAGCAUAAAGCUAGAGCGAAAAAAACUCGAAGCUCAGAGUUCGCUGAACCGUCGUCGUGGUGGCCUAAAGAAAGAAUUUGGGAAAUCGAGUCACCCAUCAAUAUUAGACACUAUUAUGACUGCAGUGGCGCGUGCAAGAGCCGGUAGACCAAUAAAUCCUCGCCCGAAAAUAUGUGGAGUUAAAAAAUAAACUGCAUGCUAAAAAUAUAAUGACGGAUUUGAGAAACAUGACGUCCGAAGAUGAAAUCGUGAUGUCAACGCCCCCGUGUUAGUGCGAUACAAGACUAUUUUUCCCUUCACGUUACGUAUAAAAUACACUGGUAUAUUUCAACACUGUUUCAUGCGCGUACGUUGGUCCAAAGCGCGGGCGUAAGACGCAGCCACUCGGAGUGCUACGUGAACACUAAUUUCUCAAAUAGAGUAGGUACAUUCUGUUUUGUUUAUCUUUUCAAUAAAGUAAAUCCAUACGUGUCCAUGUA